UGUUACCUGUACACCUGACAUGUUGAAGGAAUGUACCUGCGAUGUCUCCCUCUUGUGUCUCUGUGAAACAUCACUGCCACCGUUACCAUGUGUGAGUGUGAUGGAUUCAGGACUAUCGAUAAUCAUAAUAAUAGAUUUGUAAAGCGCCUUUCAAGACCCAAGGUGAACAUGGUGAACAAACAAACAAACAAAUAGGGCUAAUAAUAAAGUAAAAGUGAAAUAGCAGUGUGAUGGGUUAGGGGUCAAAGGUCAUGGAGAACAGGUGAGCUUUGAAUGAAGACUUGAAGUAUUCCAGCCGGUGGUUGAUGUCUAAACAGAAGCUGAAUGAACCUCUGUUUCUCCUGUAAUGUUCCCAGACUGAAGGAUGACUCUUGCGUGGAUCCUGAAGGUUUCCUUCCUGGCUCUCGCUCUGUGGAGUCCAGCGAGAGGCCAGAAGAGGAAGAGGAAAGGGCAGAGAGACGACAACCAGGUCCUCCGCAAUGAGGCCAAGACCCUGAUCUGCCCGGUGGAGCUCAUGUUCAUCGUGGAUGGUUCGGAGAGAGCCAAGUCUCUUCUGUUCGAGCGCCAGAAGGCCUUCAUCCUUCGGUUCAGCUCCAGACUCACGCAGCUGCAUUCGACCGGCUGGCGUCUGCGUCUCCGUCUCGCCGCGCUGCAGUACAGCAGCUCCGUCUCCCUGGAGCACAACUUCAGAGACUGGCAGGACCUGGACGUGUUCCAGAGCCGCGUUUCCUCCAUGGCGUUCAUCGGACACGGCACCUUUUCGGCGUACGGUAUCUCCAACGCCACGCAGUUAUUCGGGCGCGAGACUUCCUCCAGCAGCCUCCGGGUAGGGCUACUAAUGACGGACGGAUCGGAUCAUCCUCGAAGUCCCAGUGCUGUUGCUGCUGCCGCUGAAGCCAAGCAGCAAAACAUCCGGAUGUUCGUCCUCCGGCUCUCGGACCUACCGACGAACGCACAGAUGAGCGAGAAACUGAGGUCCAUCGCCAGCGCCCCGCCGCAGAAACACCUGCUGAGUCUCACGGACAAACAGCUGGACGACAAACUCUUCAAUGAACUGAACACAAUUGUAAAAACUGGGUGCCCUCAGCCGAAGUCCUGUCUGUGCGAGAGGGGGGAGAGGGGGCAUGCAGGAAACCCG